AAGGGGGGAGGGGGACGAGUAGCUCAGCUUGAAAGGCUGGAUAUCCUCUGCGCAGCAUUUGACUUCUGCUGCGAGAUGAGGUGUGACCGCCCAUUGCUUCCUAGCUUAGACGAGAGCUAGAAUGGCCCCACACUCUUCUUGGCGCCCCCAUGCUACUGUCUCCACACUGUUCGAUCUAGUGACUGUGCUGGUGCUGCGUCUACCGUGAUAUAUAUGGACUAUAUUCUUGUCUCGCUGACCCUUGGAACGCCCCCCCCCCUUUUGCAUUGACUGACAGGAAAUGCCAGAGAAAUUCACCUACAACCCACCUUCUUCGGGAGCUAACAGUGGUGCCGCCGUACCAUCGGCAGGGGAGAAUCCAGCGACGCAGUCGCCUGGUCGUUUUACUUCUCUGACGCACCAUCGCACCCUUGCGCAAUAUCAAGAAGCAACGCCGUCGCCACCAUACGAUGAAUUCGGAACUCAGACAGCGGAUACACUGUACCCUCCUAUAGGGAGAUCUCAAGGUCCACAACCGCUGCCGCAGUCCCACCCGUCUGACUUGCCGGAGCAUUUGACUGGGCGUGGUACUGGUGGUUUGGCGCCAAUAUCGUCACAAACUGCUCAUACCAGGCUGAAUCCUACUCGAACACCCUUUCAAGCACGACCCGUAAAUACGACCUACAUCUCCCAACAACCCUCCACCGCUCCCCAAAUGGCCAUUUCCGGUGGUGAAGGCCUCGGCGGUAAUCGCAAUGCCCUUGGUAAACCCUUGAACGGACCUGCAGGUCACCGUGAUUGGUCCUUCGGAUUAUGCGAUUUCUGUGGCGCUUGUCAAACGUGUCUUUUCGCGUUUUGUUGUCCCUGUUUUGCGUACGGCCAGAAUAUGUCACGUUUGAAAUACCUCAAGAAUCAGGGGACACCGCAUCCUGAAGGUGGGACUGUACUCAACGCGGAAAGCGUCACGUACUACGCGUUCAUGCAUCUUUAUAUCCCAGGCUGUUACUCAAUGAUAGGACGAAGAGAGGUCCGCAAACGAUACAAUAUCGAAGGGAACCUUUGCACGGAUUGUCUGACUCAAUGCUUCUGUUCACCUUGCUCCAUCACGCAGGAGAGUCGGGAAAUUGAGCUUGAAGAGCAGACUCUUUUCCCACGGGUCACGGGUGCACGCGCAAACCAAGCGUACAGCUUGAAUUAGUUACGGGACCCAUACCGUCAAUUUUCUUGCUCGACGGUAUUUUUCGUUUGCUCCCUUUUUCAUCGCCAUACAUUCUAUCGCCUAAAGAUGCGUUCGUGUUCUGAAGGAUCCAGUAAUCUUUUCACUCCAAUUCAAUUUGAUGAAUUGAGACUCUUUUUACAAUGACUUUCUCGCUUUAAUGUUCACUGGUAUACAACGGCAGCAGUCUUACUG